AAUAAUAUAUGAUUUUUUUAUAGGUAUACGAGGCGGUCUUACACAAGCAAGUAUGAGAUACGCCAAAGCGAACCACAAAAAGACUCCAGAUUAUGACCAGGCAAAUCCAAAAUCAUGGUUGAUAUACCAAGACUGCAAUAACUUGUAUGGAUGGGCCAUGUCACAAUACAUGCCAUACGGUGGGUUCAAAUGGGUUAAACCUACACUCGACGAACUGAACAAUUUGACUGAUACUUCACCCAUAGGAAGGAUAUACGAGGUGGAUAUAUCCUAUCCACAAGAAUUACAUGAUAAACACAACGACUUGCCUUUUCUACCACAGAACGGUAUACCUACUGGUUCAAAAGUGAAAAAACUAAUUGCAACAUUAGAACCCAAGAAAAAUUAUAUUGUUCACUACCGUAAUCUGCAGCAAGCCAUUAAAAACGGUCUUAAAGUAGAUAAAGUAAGCGUUUAAUUUACAACAAUUCUGCGAUGAAAACUUUUAACGUUAUAAUAUUUA